GCGGCGCGGCCCGGGGUGCGCGUGUGUGUACGCCGGGCGCUCGGCGCGGCCACUCGGUCUCUGAGGUGUGGUCCGCGGGCAGAGCUCACCAUGUUGUCCCGGGCAGCGCGCAGCGCGAGCAGGACGCUGGUGCCGGCGCUGGGGUCGCUGGGUUCCAGGCAGAAGCACAGCCUCCCCGACCUGCCGUACGAUUAUGGCGCCCUGGAGCCUCACAUCAGCGCCCAGAUCAUGCAGCUGCACCACAGCAAGCACCACGCGACCUACGUGAACAACCUGAACGCCGUCGAGGAGAAGUAUCUGGAGGCGCUGGAGAAGGGUGACGUUACAACUCAGGUAGCUCUUCAGCCUGGGCUCAAGUUCAAUGGUGGAGGCCAUAUCAAUCAUUCCAUCUUCUGGACCAACCUGAGCCCUAAGGGUGGUGGAGAACCCAAAGGAGAAUUGCUGGAAGCCAUCAAACGUGAUUUUGGUUCCUUCGACAAAUUUAAGGAGAAGUUGACCGCCGUGUCUGUUGGCGUCCAAGGCUCAGGUUGGGGUUGGCUUGGUUUCAAUAAGGAACAGGGACGCUUGCAGAUUGCUGCUUGUUCUAACCAGGAUCCAUUGCAAGGAACAACAGGUCUUAUUCCACUGCUGGGGAUCGAUGUGUGGGAGCAUGCUUACUACCUUCAGUAUAAAAAUGUCAGACCGGAUUACCUAAAGGCUAUUUGGAAUGUAAUCAACUGGGAGAAUGUAACAGAGAGAUACAUGGCUUGCAAAAAGUAAAACAUGAUCAUUACAUUGAGCAAAAUAAGCUUCUAACGACUAUUUUUGUAGUAGUGCAGAGUACCGUAGUAUGCCAGUAAGCUGCUCUUUUGUAGCAUUUCUUAAUGUAGCUUGUUCAAGCAUUUGAUGAACAUGAUUUAAUGCUAUGAAUUUCUUGUUUUCAAAUUUUGUUAUUGGGCAACUGAAAAUAGUAAGUGCUUUAUUUGAUUUAGUCUUUUGGUUGAACAUCUUCUUCUGAGAGCUGAAACAGCCAGCAGGUUAUGAUUGCCAUCAUGAAACUGCCAAAAAGAUCUCAUCCCUGUCCUCUUAGGGCCUCCGGGGAAGCCUUUUUGCUCUUGUUCUGUUGCACUUGUAGAAAACCUGGUCCUUUGCCCAGUUGUUUAAUGAUAAAAGGUUAAAUUUGUUUCCCAAGGGAAAUGUUCAGUUUUUCUAUUGAAAAUUGCUCUUUUUUGUAAGUAAUCUGUCUAGUAGUAUUUGUGGUAGAUAUCACCCGUGGGCCUUUAAUUAUCUUUGGUCACAUGUUUCACAAGGUUAACACCAUUUUGUCUUUUAAAAAAAAUCACUUGAUUGCUAAUUGAGAAUUGCUCUAUUAUGAAAAGGAAAUAGUCAUGCAUUUGAAUUUUUCUGUUGGGAGAAAUAGGACUUUUAUGUGGAAUCUUGUCAUCAAACAGAAAUAUGUGUUAGGUGACUGCUCAAAGGAGACAAAUCUGAGCCUUAUUGAUAAAACAAAUGUUGGGGAUGAGGCCACAGACCAUUCUGGCCAAGCACUUGCCCCCAUCUCUGCCUGUUCACACGCACCCCCUGGAGAGCAGCAGCCUGGGUCGAUGCUGCCUUCCCAGAGCGGCAGGUGGUUGGUUUCUGGAUGUGGCCAGCGGCACGUCCCUGCACAGGAGCAUUGAUUUUCAAAGACUUGUUUUUGAAUUACUCCAUCAUAUUUGAUCUUCUUUUCUUUUAAACAAAUGCACGGUCACUAUAGAAGCUUUAUAUUAUAUAGUCCUUUAAGUAAAGGAAAGUGAUACCCAUAAUCCAGUGACACAGCCUGUCCAGUUGUGUUCUUGUUUCCUGCUUGCAGGACUGUUUAAAUGUAGCAGGGAGCCUCUUGUAAUUUGGCCUAAAUUGUCAUGCGCUCCAUGUUUCAUCAUUUCCCUUAUUUUAGGGGGCUGUAUAAUUGGACACUUGCUAAUUUAUCUUACAGUUCUGUUACUGAAUAUUUCAUUGGUUUCUAAUUGUUAUUUAUUCAGAUAAUGCUGUGGUGAGCAACCCACAUAGAUUUUACCUUCCAUGGGAAUAGUUUUUCUAUGUAGAUUUUUUUCUUAUGCCUAUUUAGUAACUGAAUGUUUUCCCGAGUUAGUAUAUUAUUUUUUCCCCAAGUUUAUUCUAUAUAUUUGGCAUGGAAAAAUGGGGUAACUUAGCAGUUUCGAUAUUGAAGACUGAAGUUUAAAAAAAUUUAAAUUUAAGGCACUUUUCUUUUAGAAUUCAAUUAGAAAGUAUUUAGGUUUUCUGAACGGUCGGCAGCGUUGAUGAGAGUAGUGAUGAGAGUAGAUUGAAGACACUGUGGGGACCGGGAUUGCCAUCCUUCUCCUGCAGCGAAGUGACUUCAUGGAGUCCAGUGAGAGCCGGGCUUACCGCUUGCACGUGUACAGAUGUAUGCACGCGUGCCUGUACGUAUGUAUGCAGACGCACACAUAUAUACGGAUAUAUACACACAUAUAAGUAUAAGCAAGGCAGUGAACUCUGUUUAAAUGGACCAUAUAGAAAAGUGGAACCUUCCUGAAAGACAGCGUUUUGAGCACAAGUAGUCUGCCAGAUCCUGGUUUGUAUUGAACCAGCAGGUACGCAGAGAUUACUGAUUCAUAUAAAACUUUUUGACUGUUAUUAAGCUUUAAGAUUUCAAAAAAUAUUCAGUGUUGAAAUUUCUAUGGGGCUCUAUUUUUGCUCUGAUUUUGGGUUGAGGGAACAAGGGAAAGCAUGCUGUUCUUCCCUAAGGUUUUGUUUUUUUCCUCCCCAUCAGAUAGAUUUUAAGAGACUAAGAUAAUUUACAGAUAAAGAUUUUAAUCAUUUGACAGAAAAUGAGAUUUCAACAUUUUUUUUAGCCCUGUUACUCAUAAUAGAAAAGAAAUAGAAAAAGUAAAAGGCACCUCUUCUGAAAUGAACCAUUCGUUGUUCAUUCAGGAGGGAUCUUUGUGACCAACUCAGCAGUGCUUGUUCUAAUCUUAAAUGUGCUUCAAACACCAGAGUGUGAUUAGUGCUGCAAGAAAACAGGGCAUGAGACAAAUACUGUCUCAAGUAGAAUCUGCUGCUGGAACUGUUGUGUGAUAAUUAGACUUUGAGGUUGAGAGAAACUACAAAUUUCACUGCACACCUCAAAUUCAUGAUCUUAAAAUGAGAUUUGAGUUUCUAGUAAUUAUAUAUUUAAAAAAAAAACAUCAUGAUGAUAAAAUUAAGAUUGAUGUGUGUUGUGAGUCAUCUAAAACUAGUUCUAAAUAGAAAUCUUAUUUCCUGUUAUAAUUGCAUUGGGAAAGCUGUUAGGUAGAAGUUUUAUAAAUCACUGUUUCUCAUUUUCAGUCAUACCUAAUGAUUGGGCAAGCAGAUGGCCUAUCUCUGAAGGUACGCAUCAAACCUGGGAUGCAUUAAAAAUCCUAUAAGGUCUUGGAUAGUUUUCAUUUAAUUAUCCAUUAGAGAAACAUUUAUUUUCCUAUUGUGUGAAGUUUUUUGAUUGUUAAUAAAAGAAUCUGUCAACUA